UGACCGCAGGCGCUCCCGAGAGUUGCGCUCAGUACUCAGUGAAUGUAGCUACUGUACAUAGACACACACACACACACACACUCACUCACUCACUCAUACACAAAGCUUUGACCAUGGCGGAAGAAGACGACACGAAAAUCCGGAUUCUACAAAGUCUGCGAGGGAAAAUCUGUGAAGGCCGGAACCUGGCUGUUGGUUCUGGAUCCAAUCUUCUCCGAGACAUUGGUACAUUUUGCACCAUCAGUCUGGACCAGGAGGAAGUGUUCCGCACUAAAGUGUAUGACAGGAGUCUGAGCCCGCUUUAUGGGGAAGAUUUCUACUUCGAGAUCCCUCGGCCGUUCCAGUGUCUGUCCUUCUACGUUUACGCCAAGGGUGUGUUUCAGAGGGAGCUGACCAUCGGGAAGGUGGCCCUCAGGAAGGAGGAGUUGUGUAAUUACAAUGGGAAGGAAAACUGGUUCCCACUGCAACCUGUGGAUCCAAACUCAGAGGUGCAGGGGAAAGUUCAUCUAGAGAUGAAGCUUAAUGAAGUGAUCACAGAUAAUGGGCCUGUCUCUUCGCGCCUGCAGGUCAGGAUAAUCGAGUGCCAGGGUUUGCCUUUAAUUGGUGGGCAGGCCUGCGACUCUUACGCUUCUGUAACACUCAUCGGCCCUGCAAGCAGGUCAGAUCAGAGGAAAACAAAGGUGAAGAAGAAAACCAGCGACCCUCACUUUGAUGAGACAAUUUACUUUGAGGUUUCCAGGCCAAGCAACUACAACAGGAAGAACUUCCAGGUAGAGGAUGAAGACAUUGAGAAGCUGGAGAUCAAGGUGGAGUUAUGGAAUAAUGGGAAUCUGGCUCAGGAUGUGUUUCUGGGUGAAACAAGAGUGUCAGUGAAGAUCCUGAGAAAUGACCUCGUACACAAAGCUUGGUAUCUGCUCCAGCCAAGAGGUAAUGGUGUGAAGUGUAAGCCUGAUGAACUCGGCUCUUUGCGUUUGAAUGUGUGUUACACUGAGGACAAUGUGCUGCCGUCAAACAGCUAUAUUAACCUGAGAAACCUCCUGCUGAAAUCACCUGAUGUACAGCCCAUCUCAGCAUCUGCUGCUCAUAUUCUGGGUGAUGUAUGUAGAGAUCGAUCUGAAGCCUCAUUGCCUUUAGUGCGACUUUUACUGCACCACAACAGACUGCUGCCUUUUCUCAUGGCUAUUGCUGCCUUAGAGCUGGAGAACACACAAGAGGCAAACACCAUCUUCCGUGGGAAUUCUCUGGCCACACGCUGUAUCGAUGAUAUGAUGAAGAUGGUGGGACGAAAUUAUCUGAACAUCACACUGAAGCCUGUGCUGGAUGAGAUUUGUGAAUCCAAUAAAACAUGCGAAAUCGAUCCAAUCAAACUGAAAGAGGGAGAUAACGUUGAGGUCAACAAGGAGAACCUGCAGAUUUUUGUUCAGAAGGUGUUCUCAUCCAUUACGGAGUCAAGUGUGAGUUGUCCCCCUCUGAUGUGUGAUGUGUUCCGAUCCCUACGUCAACUUGCCUCUGCUCGCUUUCCCAGUGAUCCUCAUGUUCAGUAUUCUGCUGUGAGCAGUUUUGUGUUCCUGAGGUUUUUUGCUGUAGCUGUUCUUUCUCCACACACCUUCCAGCUCCGGCCACACCAUCCAGAUCCAGAAGUUUCCCGAACUCUCACCCUCAUCUCUAAAACCAUCCAGACUUUGGGUAGCUGGAGCAGUCUGUCGAAAAACAAACUGUCGAGCUUCAAAGAGACUUAUAUGUGUGAUUUCUUCAAAUUGUUCCAGGAAGAUAAUUGUAUAGAGAAAGUGAAGAAGUUUUUAGAUGACAUCUCAUCCAACGUGUGUAAAGGCACUAGCGGAGUGGAAGAUUCAGUUGUGCUGAAAGAGGGAGAGGUCCACAAGCGAACCCAAAGUAAAAAGCGUCUAGGGAAGAACUUUAAGAAGUGCUGGUUGAGAGUGACCAGUCGAGAGCUGUCAUACCAUAAACGAAAAGGGAAAGACCCACGGUGUGUCAUUCCUGUAAAGAGCAUCACAGGAGUAGAAAAACUGGAUGAGAGCACCUUCAGCCGCAAAAACAUGUUCCAGGUGAUCAGUGAUAAGCCCCUAUAUGUUCAGGCAGGGAACUGUGUUGAGGCGAAUGAGUGGAUCGACGUGCUGACUCAGCUCAUCCGCUGCAACACUGAUCGACUCGGAGUGUUUCAGCCGGCUGUCAGCAGCAGAGACAGCACACUGGCGAAUAUCCAGCUGGAGAUUGACUGCGACCGAGAGACCGAGAGAAUUUUCUCGCUGUUCAGUGCUAGUUUACACCGUCUGCAGAAAAUGGAGGAUGCCUGUGCCAGUAUGUCAGUGUACCUGGGCCAGCAGAAGGAGCCAGAGGAGUAUUCUGCUUUCAUUAUUCAGGACCCGAAGGAAACAUUCCGCACCAUCAAGGAUAUCAGAGAAGUCCUGCAGGACCUGCAGCUCAAACAUAAUGCCACUGAGCUCAUAGACCAGCCAGGGACAAUUGAGAAUCCGAUCGUGGGGAAGAGGUCCUGACACACUGAGAGUGGUUCAUCCCUCCACACCAGCAAGUGACACUGCCCAAAGCCAGACCCUGGGACCCACUCAGUGAGGAAUGGAGUGAUGGCUGCAGGCUCACAAUGAAGAAAAAGACUGAUGGAGAGAAUCAGCGAUUCUCACACUCCGUGCUGCGCCUUAAAUCACCUCUGACAAACGUGUGUUAGACUUUUUCACUGAGAUAAGCACACACUCUCGAUCAGAAUGCUGUGACGGAUGAGACUCCACCAGUGAUACGAGAAUAUGAAUAUGGCUGCUAAACAGAUGAACUUGACCUCCAGUUUGAAAACAAUCCUUUAAAAUCCUUCCACAUUUUAUAUGCCUUCGAUGUCUGAUGUCUUUUAUGUGCAUCAAAGGGAAUUUUCCCAGCUUUUCUAUUCUGUCUUUUAUAUUCGUACAUGGAGUGUGUGGAUGUGUACACACAAUCGCUUUUGGAAUAGACACACACACACACACACACACACAAAGAAAUGGCACUUUAGACAUUUGGAAUGAUCCAGAUGAGUAUAUUUGAUACGCUGUAUCGUCACUUGAUUGAUCAGUUGAAUGAUCAGAUCAUUAUAACGCUUGUCUCUGUAAAGUUUGUAAUCAAUAUUUUUCUCAUGCCAAAGACAAUUUUUCAGUUUGAUGAGGUGUAAAUGGCAUUAUUUUGGAAUACUCACCUUUGAAUGAUGAUCUAUAUUUCUCAUGUCACAAAAAAGAAACAUGAUUUUUCUUUUUUUAUUUGUGAUGAACACACGGAAUCAGACCUGCUCUGUGAUUUUGCACAAGUCUUACACAUUUUCUCAGAUGGAAGAACAGAGAGAUAAACAGGAGUGGAGGAAAUGUGGAAUUGUGGGCGGAUGGAGGGAUUCUGGAAAAAAUAGAUAGGUGAAAGAUAGUGAUGGAGUUAAUACAUUCCUUUGAAUUAUCACAUGAUUUGCGUGUGUAUCCAAUCAGGCAUUUUUUUUUAUUUCUCAGUGUACAUUCACUCAGAAAGACAAAGGUCUGACCUUUAGUAAUGUAUUCCUUUUAUUUUAUUUUCCUGCUACUUUUACCACAUGGUUAACUCAAUUUUGUAUGACCAGUAACUGUUUUUGUUUUUUUGUUUUUUUUUAUGUUUGUUAUAAAUUGCAGUUGGAUAAACAGGGAUCUGCUGGUACACUGAUGAAAUUGUUCAGGUCAAAUUUGUUACAGUAGGUACGAUCAGGAGAGGCACAUUCAACAUGUGUUUCUCUACCACGUCUCCAAGCCCCACCUCUUGUAUCUGGUUCAAUAUUUUUUCUUCCUGAUCAGUCUUAUUAUUUCACUGCUGUCCCAACCCCACCCCUGCUCAUUUAAGCUUAUCUGACAUUCCUCUGAAUAAAUGAAGGAUAUGUAAUGUG